AUGGAACCACCUCAGGCAGCUGAUCCCGAAGACUACUACGUCAAGCAGGAUCGUGUCGGAAAAGGUUCCUUCGGUGAAGUCUACAAAGGUUUCGACAAACGAUCUCGCCAGCCUGUUGCGAUCAAGAUCAUCGACCUCGAAAAUGCCGAAGAUGAGAUCGACGACAUUCAGCAGGAAAUCGCUAUCCUCAGCCAGCUCGACAGCGCACAUGUUACCAAAUACCAUGGCUCAUGGCUUAAAGGCACCAAUCUAUGGAUCGUGAUGGAAUACUGCUCCGGAGGAAGUUGCUCGGAUUUGAUGAAACCCGGUCGAUUCCGCGAAGACUACAUUGCAAUUGUCCUUCGCGAGCUUCUCAAAGGUCUCGAGUACCUGCACGGAGAAGGCAAGCUGCAUCGAGACAUCAAGGCCGCCAACAUCCUGCUCUCUGCAACUGGCGACGUCAAGCUUGCCGACUUUGGUGUUUCCGGCCAGCUCACAGCGACCAUGACCAAGAAGAACACUUUUGUCGGCACACCUUACUGGAUGAGUCCAGAAGUCAUCAAGCAGAGCGGCUACGAUUUCAAGGCCGACAUUUGGAGUUUGGGAAUUACAGCCAUCGAGCUUGCGAUGGGCGAACCGCCUUACGCCGACCUGCAUCCAAUGAAGGUCCUUUUCCUCAUUCCCAAGAACCCACCUCCUCAACUCGAAGGUCCUUUUUCCCGACCAUUCAAGGAAUUCAUUAACCUCUGUCUCCAGCGUGACCCUGGCAACCGCCCCUCCGCAAAGGAGCUCCUCAAGCAUCCCUUUAUCCGCAAAGCAAAAAAGACCACCUAUCUCACUGAGCUUAUCGAGAGGCUCGAGCGAUGGAGAGCUGAAGGCGGCGAUCGACACGAGUCCCAAGAGAGCGAGCAAGCAGAUGUGCACUACCCCGAGGGCGAGGAGGACAUGUGGGACUUUGGUACCCUUCGCAACACCAUCCGUCGUGGAGGCAGAGGCACUGUUGCCAUGCGUAUGCCAGCAAGUGCCAUGACUGCAGCUGCCGCAGCUGCAGCAAUCAACGAUCACGAGGAAGAAAACAACAACGGAAGGCAUCAAGCCAAGGAGCUUCCACAAGUGCCCCGCCACCAAUCACGUUCACCACAACCCCAACCUCGAUCGCCAACCUACGAACAAGCACCACAUCACACUCAGCCACAAUCUCCACCUCAACCAGCCCCACAGCAGCAACAAAGACAGCAACAGCAACAGCAACAGCAACAGCAACAGCAACAGCAACAACAACAACAACAACAACAACAACAGCAGCUACCAGAUCGCAGAUUUCGUACCUCUGGAUCUUCUCGCUCGGUUGGCUCUGGCUCUGGAUCUGCAGGAGGCACAGUGCGCCUGGCGGCAACCCAGGCUCGACCAGGCAUUCCCACAGCUGGUGGAGCCAAGGAUCAAUCCAGCUACUCUGCAGCCGAUGCGUACGACAAGGCCAUCUCAGGCGGGUCCAAACAUCCAUCCUCCAACGGACACGCUGCCUCCGACCCUUACUAUGCAGACCAACAUCCAGGAGGCUACUCUGACCGCGUCGAAGAGGAGCGUAGAAGAAUGCAAGACAUGCAUCUGCAACAGCAAGGUGGAGGUCAAAGACGUAGCGAUCGACAUGGCUCGGACGACGCACCUCAUCAACACCAGCAGCACCAGCAACAGCACCAGCAACAGCACCAGCAACAACAACAGCAAGCCGCACGUCUCACCGCACUCGACACGGUCUUCUUGCCUGUUAUCGAACAGCUCAAUAUGGCGGUCGCUUCGCGUCGCGAUGCAGUGCGCACCUUGGCCAACCUGCGGGCUUGUUUGGAGGAGGCAGAGAUCGUGACACCCGGUAUCAUGAAUGCUUUUGCUGUCGAGUUGUUUCACACCAUGGCUGAGGUCGAAGGCGAUCGCGAGCCGGAGGAGGAUCAGUGGGAUCCUUGA